AUGACGGGUGUUCACAAAGAUUAUUCAAUCGAAGCCUCUGAGCCUUUGCACGAUCAACAGGAGAAUGUUUUAUUUCCCUGUGACAUAUUUAUGAAUAGGUUUACUUUCUUUGUAUGGAGAGUUUCGAAAAUAGUAUGGUAUGAUAUCCUAUUAUUUGUGUUUUUGUGUGCGUUAAUUACUCCAAUUUGGUUUAAUAACGAUGGAUGGUUAUUAUUUUGCGCAAUAUUUGGUGUCUACGAUCUUAUAGCCCUCAUCACCUUUGGUGGAUAUUUAGAUUCAUAUAACUUUGUUUUACGUGAGAUCACUUUGGCUAGUAAAAUGACAUUCUAUGGAGAAAUCGUGAAAUAUCGACCAAGUUCAGAUCCCAAGACGUGGAAAAUAAUUGGGUACCAUAUGGACAAAUAUUUUGCAGAACAACAAACGUAUUUCCCAUUGUAUAACGGUGAAGACUAUUUUACUUUAUUUAAAAGACUUACACAGUAUAAGAAACAUGCACCAAAUGAUGCCACAACUUCUACUAUAUCCAAUGAUAAUAAUAAUGAAAAUAUUAUAGAUACAAGCUCCACUAAUGAAACUUUGAGAAAUGAUCUACCUACUACCAUGGGAGAAAAUGCAGAAGUAACAACAGUAUCUGUUCCAGUGACAGGGACCAACUAUGAGGAACUAAAUAGUCCUUUGAUACUAUUUUUAGAAGAAGCCCAAAAUAAUGCAAUUCGUGUAUUCAACGACACUGAAAAGGUUUAUUGGUUAGAGAGAUACCCGGAGCUUGCUGUAUAG